CCAACAUAAAACGUGCUGUCAAUGAGCACUUAAAAAAGACACACGUACCUUGUGUUGCACACACCUUGAAUCUCUGUGUUACUGACACAAUUGAAGACAAUCCACCAUUCAAAGAAAUUGUAAAGAAGGCUAAAAACAUAGUUACUUAUUUUAAAAGUAGCAAUUUGGCCGCAGACAAGUUAAAGGAGACGCAAACUGAAAUGAAACUUCCACUUUUAAAAGUAAAACAAGAUGUGUCUACAAGAUGGAAUUCCACUCUAAUAAUGUUAAAUAGAUUGUUAGAAAUAUGAACACCCUUAUGUGUUGCUUUGUCACAUUUACCAAAGUCUCCGGAAACCCUCGAUGCCUCAGAGUGGCAGGUUGUAAGUGAUUGUGUCAAAGUCCUCCAGCCUAUGGAGACAAUUACUGAAGAACUAUCGGGUGAAACUUACCCUACGACUUCUAUGGUUAUUCCUCUAAUCAGAAGCGUACAGUAUGUCAUCAAAUCUUUGUCGCCAGAAACGGAUGUUGCCAUUUAUUUAAAAAACAAGCUUCAAGAAGUUAUUCAUAGGAGGUUCUCUGCAUGGGAACAAAAUAAAAUAGCUUCAAAAGCCACGUUUCUCGAUCCGAGAUUUAUGAAAACUUCUUUUGGAUUGAAAGAAAAUGCUGAUAGGGCAGAGAAACUAAUCAUGGAAGAGUUGGAAUUUAAUAUUAAAAAUAAAUCAGACUCUGCUCCUUCGUCAGAGGAAAUUAUCGAAGAAGUUCAGGAGACAGAAGAAACUGUUUCAGAGCAGGCUACGCAAGCAAAAACAAAACUUGCAAGGAGACAAAAUCUAUGGAAAUGGGUCGAUUCGAGGAUAGAAGAAAAGAAGAAAAAUCAAGUAUCAUCUUCCAUCGCAAGUACUGCUCUAAUAGUGCGGCAUUACAUAGAACUUCCUCAACCAAAACGUUGGGAAAAUCCUCUACCCUUUUGCCGUGAAUAGAAAGAUGUACUGCCUGAAAUAUACAAUCUCCAAAAAAAAUAUUUGUGUUUGCCCGCCACUUUUGUUCCGUCAGAAAGACUGUUCUCAAUUGCGGGACAAGUAGUAAAUGAUCGGAGAAACCGAUUAAAGCCAAAAAACAUUAACAACAUAUUAUUUUUACAUUCAAACUUGGAGUGAACUUUCCAUUUGUGUGUUUUCACAUUAAUUUAACUUAUUUUGUGCUGGUUUUUGAACCUAAACUUUAGUUUUCUUUGUUGCUUUCCUAAGUAGUAUUAACAGAAAAAUUUAUGUGUUUUUAUUACUUUUAAUCAAUACUACUGUUCAUAUUCUUGUUUGUUAAAAUAUUUUAAUAUUCACUGAAUUUAUGCCUUUAUUAUUAAUUUCCU